UAUUCGGUAGCAUGGACCUCGUUCCGCUGCUACUCAACCCAAUUGUCACAUAUCCUGAUCACUGGCGGAGAUAGGGCCCGGCCUGCCUGGGCACGUGCCCGGGCUUGGCCCAAUAUUUUUUUUAGUCUGGGAAAGAAAAAAAGACAGAGGAAAGGGCAAACACGUGACCUUUCUCUCUCUAUCUCUCUGCUUGCUCAACUCGCUUCUACACCGCCCCACGCACGCCACCGCUCGCCUUCACCAGAAAAUCUUCGACCACCAUCACCUUUCUCUCUCUAUGCUCGACCAAACCACCGUUCUCUCUCUCUCUGCUCGGUGUUGUUUAUGGGCGGAUUUUUAGCUUUGCUUUUUUUAGGCCUGAGCACUUAUAUUGGAAACAGGGCUGCUACUCUUGCUUGUUGUUUCUUGUUCUGGUGUGCCCAAUUUUGGAAACAGGGCUGCUUCUCAUGUUUUGUUUUGCUUGUAACGGUGUGCUUAUUUCUUAUGGCACUAACGUGAAGAUUUAAUGAGUGGUGGUUCUGCAUCUAGCAACUUAAGGUCAGCUCUCUCCUAUUGCGUUAAACAAGUGAGAAGUUAUGAUUAUCAUCACUAUCUUUGCCUUCUUGAACUGCCUCCAUCUAUGCGAAAGGCUGCAUUUACACUCCGUGCCUUGAAUGUCGAAACAGCUAAAGCUAUGGAUGUUGCUUCAGAUCCCAGGAUUGGCCUUAUGCGUCUUGUGUGGUGGCAGGAAGCCAUAGACAAAUUGUUCGCCAAUAAAUUAAUUGAACAUCCAACAGCACUGGCCCUGUCACACGUGAUAGCAGAGUCCAAAAUUAGUAAGACAUGGUUGAAACGAUCUGUUGAAGCCCGGAUCAACGAUGCAAGAAGAGAGGCUACCGACAUUCCAGAAACUAUGGAAGAAUUGGAGAAAUAUGCUGAGGACACUGUAUCUACUAUGCUGUAUUUGACACUUCAAUCUGGUGGUAUCAUGUCUACUGCAGCUGACCAUGCAGCCUCACAUAUUGGCAAAGCUAGUGGCAUUCUUUUGCUGCUUAAAUCGCUGCCUUAUCAUGCUGGUCACAACCGACAUUUUUCGUACAUACCAAGGGCUAUAGCAUCCAAGCAUGGGCUAAUAGUUAAGCAGGGUCAAGAAGAGAGAUGGUUGGAUUCUCGUGAGGGUCUUUGUGAAGCAGUUUAUGAAAUGGCAUCAGUAGCCAAUGCACACUUAAAAAAGGCACAGAAAUUAGCCGGGAGUGUGCCUGCUGAGGCUCUUCCAGUGCUCCUGCCUGCUGUGCCUGCUCAGGUUCUCUUGGAUUCCUUACGUCGGGUGCAAUUUGAUGUGUUUGAUCCAAGGCUAGCACGAGGGGUACUGGGAAUACCACCUUUGUGGUACCAGCUUCAGCUCAAGUGGACUUCAUGGAGAAAGAAAUACUAAACUAGUUUAGUUACCUCGGGGUUACUCAAUCCUUGGGGAUCCAGAAUUUUUUUGUUGUGUGCUAAUUGUUUAAUAAAUUUAUCGGACCAUGUAACAGAAACUAGAUUCUAGAAUGCGCUAAUUGUGGCGUGCAAUGUAUCAUUUUAAAUGAAGCCUGGGUAUUUUAAAGGCUAAUAUUAUUGUAUUUGAGUAUACAUAACAUGAUUUGGUGCUCAAAGCUUAAAGAAAACUUCAACUGCUCUUUACAGAAAGAGCUGCAUGGUGCCUAGAA